UUCAGAAGUUGUGGGAGCUUCAUCACUGGAAGCUUUCAAGAAAAGACUGGACUGUCAUCUGUCAGAAAUGGUGUAGGGUCUCCUGCUUGGGCAGGGGGCUGGACUAGAUGACCUACAAGGUCCCUUCCAACUCUGUUAAUCUGAUCUGAUCUGUUCUGAAGAGGGCUCCAUUCGAACACAGGUCAAUGGGUUGCAAGCUUGAAGGGUGAGGCUUUCAGCAGAAGCCUUCUGCCUCACAGACAGCCACCUCCUAUGGCCAUUUCUUGCCAUGCCACCUGGCCCCUUGCCCGUCCACCCACCUGGGCUGACUUGCAGGAGCUGAGCUUAUCUUCAAGGUCUUCAAGCGAUAAGAUGGUGGGAAACCAGCCUGAACACACCCUCUUCUCUGCCACAGGUCCACCCCUGCUCCUGAUAUAAGGAUGCACGGCUCUCACCCACCUCCUAGUUCCUUCAAGAAGCAAGAUGGGUCUGGUCUGGCUGCUCUCCUGCUUGGCUCUCCUGGGUGCCGCCAAUGGUUGUGGUGUCCCCACCAUCACUCCUUCAAUCAGUGGCUAUGCCCGGAUAGUCAAUGGGGAAGAUGCCGUGCCCGGUUCAUGGCCUUGGCAGGUCUCCCUGCAGGACAACACUGGCUUCCAUUUCUGUGGAGGUUCUCUGAUCAAUGAGAAUUGGGUGGUUACUGCUGCCCACUGCAAUGUAAGGACAAGCCACUUGGUGGUGCUGGGUGCAUUUGACAAAAGUACUCCAGAGGAAGACAUUCAAGUCAUCAAGAUAGCCAAGGUUUUCAAAAACCCCCGGUACAACAUGUUCACCAUCCGAAAUGACAUCAUGUUGCUCAAGCUGGCCACCCCAGCCCGGCUGACGGCUCGAGUAUCUCCUGUGUGUUUGCCAAAAGCCACCGACGCUUUCCCUGGUGGGAUGACCUGCGUCACCAGUGGAUGGGGCUACCUGCAUCAUACUGACAAGGUCUCGCCCAACAAAUUGCAACAGGUGGCUCUUCCUCUGCUGACCAAUCAAGAGUGCAAGAAAUUUUGGGGCAACCGCAUCGCUGACGUCAUGGUCUGUGCUGGGGCUGCAGGGGCAUCUUCAUGCAUGGGUGAUUCUGGUGGUCCUCUGGUCUGCCAGAAGAAUGGAGCUUGGACUCUGGUUGGGAUCGUCUCCUGGGGCAGUAGCACCUGCUCUCCCUCCAGCCCGGGGGUCUAUGCCCGCGUUACAGAACUUCUGCCCUUCAUUGAAUCCACCCUUGCUAAUAACUAACACUCCUCAGUGAUGGAACAUCAAUAAAAGCAGCA